CUAGAAUACCCUUUUUUGAGCCCAAAAGGACUUUUGGAGCAGCUAAUUAGCUAACAAAUGAAAUGGCCCAAACUAGUGUGUUAACUUUUUCAAAGAGUAAUGAUAAAAUCAGACACGCUAGAGAUCCAAUGGGCUUUCUAGUAUCAUUUCUUAACCAUUAGCUCAAAAUAAUGUAAAUGUAAUAAUAGUCCAUCGAGUAAAACUGAUCGGAAAAAAGAAAAUAGAAGUAGUGUCUGCCAAAAUGCUAUCGUAUUCCAUGUCUUGAACAUUCCUGCUAAGUAAAACCCCAAUUCCAAAACCCUAAUCGCCGGAGAUGGCUUUCUCAAAGACAUCAUUCCUUCUCCACCUCAAGACCAUCACCACCAAUUCCCGCCUCUACAGCCGCCAUUUCCACCAGAAAUCUCCGUCCAUGUUAAUCUCCCUCCGUCCUCUGUCAUUCGCCACUCCGGAAGAAGCCGCCGCCGAGCGUCGGAAACAAAGACGCCGUAAUCGGAUUGAGCCUCCUUUGUCCGCUCUCCGCCCACACCAACAAGCGCCGCCUCAACCUCCUCGCCCUUCCUCCCCGGCAUCAGCCAAUCAAAACCCCAACGCCCCUAAACUUCCGGAGCCCGUGUCCGUUCUGUCCGGGAACCGGCUCAAUCUUCAUAACAAGAUCUUGAAGCUGAUCCGUGAGAAUGAUUUGGAAGAGGCGGCUCUCUACACGCGCCACUCGGUGUAUUCCAAUUGCCGUCCCACUAUGUACACCUGCAAUGCUGUAAUGGCUGCCCUUUACCGGCAGGCUAAGUAUGCUGACCUACUUUCUCUUCACCGCUUCAUCACUCAGGCUGGGAUUCCGACCAAUAUUAUCACCUACAACCUCCUUUUCUCUACUUACAUGGAUUGCCGGCGAGCCGACACCGCCAUGGAGUACUACAAGCAACUCAUCAACGAUGCCCCAUUCAGCCCUUCUCCCACCACCUACAGAAUCUUAGUGAAAGGCCUCGUCGACAACCAGAAGCUUGAGAGGGCUAUGGAAUUAAAAGACGAGAUGCUAUCGAAGGGAUUGGACCCUGACCCGACUGUAUAUGGGUAUUUGAUGUCGGCCCAUGCCAAGAACGCCAACCCGGAUGGGGUUUUUGAUUUGUAUGAAGAACUGAAGGAGAAGAUGGGAGGAUCCGUUUCUGAUGGGGUGAUUUACGGGAGCUUAAUGAAGGGUUACUUUUUAAGAGGGAUGGAUAAGGAGGCCAUGGAGUGUUAUGAAGAUGCUGUGGGUGAGAAAUCUGAAAUUAAGAUGACUGCAAUGGCGUUUAACUAUGUGUUGGAUGCUUUGAAUAAGAAUGGGAAGUUUGUCGAGGCUUUGAAGUUGUUUACUAGGAUGUUGAACGAACAUGAUCCUCCGAAAAGGUUGACUGUGAAUUUGGGAAGCUAUAAUGUAAUGGUGGACGGGUAUUGCGUCGAAGGGAGGUUUAAAGAUGCUAUUGAUGUCUUCAAUAGCAUGGGUGAGAAGAGAUGCAGGCCUGAUACUUUAUCUUACAAUAAUUUGAUUGAGCACUUGUGUAAGAAUGGUAUGUUGACUGAGGCUGAGGAGUUGUACAAUGGCAUGAAGGAGAAAGGGGUGAACCCUGAUGAGUACACAUUUGUCACAUUGAUGGAUACUUGUUUUGAGAUGAGCAGGUCAGAUGAUGCAGCUGCGUACUACAAGACUAUGAUUGAGUCAAAGUUACGGCCUAGUUUGGCAAUUUAUAAUAAGCUGGUUGAAGGAUUAGUUAAAGUUGGAAAGGUUGAUGAUGCAAAAUCAUUUUUUGAUAUGAUGGUUAGCAAGCUGAGGAUGGAUGACGAAAGCUAUAAAUUUAUGAUGAAUGCUUUGUUUGAGGUUGGCAAACACAAUGAUGUGAUUGAGACGAUUGGAAGAAUGUUAAGAGAGGAUCCUGGUGAUUUCACUCCGGAGUUGGAAGAGUUUGUGAGAGAAGCAUUGCGAAAAGAGGGUAGAGAAGAGGAGUUGACUAAGCUUAUUGAGGACGUUGAAAGGGAGAAGGCAGAAGCAGCAGCUGCUGCAGCUGAAGCUGCCGAAAAAGCUAAAGCAAGUGCAAGGGCGGCUGUUUCUUCUUUAAUACCAUCUAAAUUGUUCGGAAAUAAAGAUUCAAACGUGGAAUCUGCAGCUGCUGGUGAGAAUUUCCCAGGUCUCAUGGGCGCUGGACAGGUGAAUGAUGCUGAAGCCCAAUCAUCGCAAGAAGGCACAAACUUGGGGGCGACAGAUGCUAAAAGCGAUGGUUCAGAAGAGCAGGCAGCAGCUUGAUUGUUAACCAUUAAAUAUUGAUUUCAAAAGUGGUAUCGGUUUUUGGGCUCCUUAAGUUCCUUAGACUCAAAAUGAUGAGCAUAUUUUCUCCUUCAAUUAUGUUCGAUGUAAUUAGUUGCUAAGGAAGGAGUACAGAUUUAUAAACUUGAAGAGGACAUUGUUGAUCAUACCCUGCGUCAUGUUGUUUCUUAUUGGCUCAGUCGUUGGUCUUCACUUGUCACCCUUCAUUAAUUGGGAUGAGCUGACUCUAGACUGAAGUUUGGUGCAAUAGCAGUCUAAAACCUGACAUCUAUUGGCUUAGAAAUUUCAUCUUAGUUAAUGUCUUUCCUCAGCAAAUCUGCAUUAAAGUUCAUAUUGGCUCACUGCUGUUGAUUAGAGUGUUCAUUUGCACUACUCGUUUAUUUCUUCUUCAUGUACUGCACAAUAAAUUGCCAGUCGACAGAGAUGUAACGAAGUUAUUAUUAUUGAAAGUUGAAGCCAUAUUUUCGUGAGUAAAGGCUGCUGCAAGCUGUGGCACUUUUGUGUAUCCCCUUGGAAGCAUUCCAAAAAUCUCGCAUAUUCACA